AUGCCAACGACGCGUCUUACUCUCGGUGACUACUCUGCCUGCUGGAUUGCUUCGGAAGAAGGCAAGGCCUUUACUGUUGACGUUCAUAAGCUCCACAAGAAUUUUCCUUGCGCCUCCCAUCUUCACGUUGACGGAAAUUGGAUGUUAGGAAGAGUAAUUCCUAACGAGUCCCUCUCACCGGCCUCCUUGACCGGUACUCAAACCGGAUUGGAAACUGAGAAGCCGUUUUUGUUCACUUCGAUGAAGCUGACAGAUGACGAUUCAUUCCUGUCAAGCUCGCAAACAGUGAGAGACAUCGGCGAGAUCAAGAUUAAUGUAUACCGUAUUUCAAAUCUUCAGGACCAGGAAAAUCCAUUGUACAAUGGGACAGUUCUCUCCGAUGAUAAGAAGGUCCACGAGCGCGCAAAGAAGGCAACAGAACAUCGAGUUAAAUCAGGCGAAGAAGUGAAAGUAGCAGCCUGUAAGUUGCAGAGCUGCACAAGGCACGAACAAGUAGCGAAAUUCGUCUUUCGUUAUCGUUCUUCAAGGAUGCUCCAAGCAAACGGGUUGAUGGUGCGAGAACCUUCACCAGUUGAAGAGUCUACCUCUGGCAAAGGAGACACACGAAAAAGAAAGUCCGAGGUCAAGGAGGAAAGCGAGGAGGAGGAAGAAGAUACAGAAGAAAUUGAGGCAAGGCAGGAGGAGGCUGAACUUCUGGCACGGUUGGAAAGUAUUCGAAACGCAAGGAACGCCAGAAGCCAAACGAAACCCCCCAAGAAGAAAAUAAAGGAGGAACCUCGGCCUGUGUUUAUGCGCGGGGAAGUAAUCGACCUUACCUGA